UUCCCAGGCUGACAUGGCUCUUGGCAGCCGAUCUCCCAGCCCCAGUAUCAGGGCCGAGAGCAUCGUUUUGCGCCGGGGACAGUUGUCCAACUUCAACAGGAGCCUGAGCAGGUCCAGCAGGCGUUCAGGAAAUUGGGCGGCUGGAAUGGACACAGCCCGGCUCUCCGUGGGCAGCACACGGAGGAAAGGCCUGAAGGAGAUCCUCCGGCAGAGCAGCCAAGUCAGACCCACCUGGCUGGUGGCUUCCCAAAGGGAAAGCAUCGCUGCCCCUCUUCCCGAUCUGGACAGCCUCAUGGAUGUGAACUCUGAAGACCUGUCCUUGGCUCUGGACCCACUGGAGCACGAGUGGAUGCUGACUGUGGCUCAAGGAGAUGCCGAGAACAUCCUCCGCUUGCUUGCCAAAGACCCCAGCCUGCUCUCCAGGACAGAUUUUGUGACCGGCUUCACCGUUCUCCACUGGUUAGCCAAACACGGCCGCCACGAAGACCUGAUCCAGGUGAUCACUUUUGCGGAGAACAUCGGCUACCCGGUAGACGUGGACGUGCUCACGGCCAGCGGCAGAAUGACCCCUUUGCACCUGGCGGCCCUGCAAGGCCACCAAAUGGUCAUCAAAGUGCUGGUGGGAGCCUACGGGGCCAAUACGAGCCUGCGAGACCACAAUGGCCGAAAAGCGUGGCAGUACCUCCGGGCCGACGCUCCCAGGGAGUUGAAGGAGCUCUCGGGGGCUAGCGAAGAAGACAUGGCCCUGAUCGGAGCCAGUAACACAAACAACAACUGUGCUCCGUCCAGACGGGGCGGGAUGAACUCAUUCAAGGGGGACUGCAAGGAAGCCAGGGGCAGAAGACCAAGUCAGAGAGCAGCUAAUCCCAGACCGUCUUAUUUCAGGAGCAUGCUCAGACAAGCGAUUGCCUUCUUCCAACAGUUGUAGUUGUUGACUGGGUGGCUGAGGCCAUUUGACCCGUUACCUGGGGAUGGAUCAUAAUAGCAGCCAUCACGCAAGGCUGGGGAGGAAGCCCCAGAGGUGGCCGAUGAGAUGCUGAGAUUGUCUCCAAAUUGCUGGCUUCAGCACACCUGCCCAGGCUUGCCUUUCAGCCCCAGAUAUGAGAACUCCGAGGGUUUGGUUUCCAAGAGAAAGGUGGGAUGGCGAAAACACA